GUUUUAAGUAUGAGGACCAUCGGUUUUCAUGUGUAAUUUCCUGGUAACUAGUAGUGUGGAUAUUCUUUCGUAGACUUUGAUCUCUUGCUGGAUUUGGUGAAUUGGGUUGUGGAACAGUUAUGCCCAUGUAUGGAGAUGGGACAGUGUUGGUUUUAUGAUCAGCCUGGCAAGGACAACAAUAGAGGAAGAUGGCUGAUCAGAACUCAUCUAUGUCAGGGGUCAAUUCCCACCUUGAGAUGGGAUCUCUAGAGGGAAGAUCGGUUCUUGAGCUUGAGGAUGAGAGUCUCAGCAGCCCGAGGAUGAUUUCUAUAAAGACAUCUUCUCUUGAUGCUGCUCCUCGCAGAUAUUUUUGUGAUGUAGAAGAGAUUAGUUGUAGAUGUAUACUUAGACGGGCAUUCAACAGCAUUAGAAUUGUUCUCUUAUCUGAUAAGCUAAAUAUACUUGUCCUUUGUGGGCCUUUAGCAAUACUGGUUGACAAAUUGACAAGCCAUCAUGGAUGGGUAUUCCUUUUGAGCUUACUAGGCAUCAUACCUCUGGCAGAGCGACUGGGUUGGGCAACAGAGCAGCUGGCUUUCUUCACCGGACCUACAGUGGGAGGUCUUCUAAAUGCUACGUUUGGAAAUGCAACGGAGCUAAUAAUAUCAAUGUAUGCACUGAGAAGUGGCAUGAUACGCGUUGUUCAGCAGUCACUUUUGGGCUCAAUUCUGUCAAAUAUGUUGCUUGUGCUCGGCUGUGCAUUUUUUGGUGGUGGUAUUGUUCAUUCGAACAAGGAGCAAGUGUUUGACAAGGCAAAUGCAGUGAUGAAUUCGGGGUUGCUCUUGAUGGCAGUAAUGGGCCUGUUGUUCCCAGCUGUCCUCCAUUUCACACGAACUGAGUUACAUUUUGGGAAGUCAGAGUUGGCCCUUUCAAGGUUUAGCAGCUGUGUUAUGCUUGCUGCAUAUGGUGCUUAUCUUUUUUUCCAGCUGACAAGCCAAAAGAACAUGUAUUCUCCAAUUAAUGAGGGAGAGAGUCAGGAUGAUAGCAAUUCAGAUGAUGAAGAAGCCCCUCAGAUUUCGAAAUGGGAAUCAAUUAGCUGGCUAUCAAUUUUGACUGUAUGGAUAUCAGUCCUAUCCGAGUACCUAGUUAAUGCAAUAGAGGGCGCAUCUGUUGCAAUGAAUAUUCCGGUGGCCUUUAUAAGUGUCAUCCUGCUUCCCAUUGUUGGUAAUGCAGCAGAACAUGCAGGAGCUGUAAUGUUUGCAGUAAAAGACAAACUUGACAUCUCACUAGGAGUAGCCAUAGGCUCCUCGACACAGAUUUCCAUGUUUGGGAUCCCCUUCUGUGUAGUAGUUGGGUGGAUAAUGGGGCGUCCUAUGGAUCUGAACUUUCAGCUGUUUGAGACAGCCACACUCUUUAUGACUGUGCUUGUAGUAGCCUUCAUGCUGCAGGAGGGAACAUCUAAUUACUUUAAAGGGUUGAUGCUCCUUCUCUGCUAUCUGAUAGUUGCUGCAAGUUUCUUUGUACAUAUAGACCCCAAAUCCAUACAGGACAAACCCAAAAAGACAUAAUAAGUCUACACAACAUAGCAUAUUCAUGGUCACAAGAAGGCUGGAUUACAGAUUCUGAUCCUACAGCAGAAGAUUCCUGCUUGAAUUCAUAUGAGUUAUGAUGAUUGAUGAACCAUUCUUUGCUGUCAGUUUUUACUUCUAGAUAUCGAUGAGGUUUUUGCAUCUCUUUUAAGGCAGCUAGCUGCUGGGUGAUUUUAUUGCCCUGUGGAAGGAUGCUGGAUGUUGAGAAUGGUGUUUUUCAUAGAAGUUAGACAACAGUGUAAACUGAAUGUAUACAUAGUUUAAUGAAGUAGAUUGAAAUUAAGGAUUAAAUGGAGUUGAGGCAAUCCAAGAAUGUACGGAUGAGCUUCAUUGACAAUUUGAUUACUUACCAGAAAAAAAAAUGUUGAAGGGAUCAAUUGUGUAGAA